GCGGUGUGUGGGCAGAGUUAGUGUCCUCAGCCCCGUCUGAAAGAUUUCCAUUUCUGCCAAGAGAAGGGACUAAAUGUUGCAUUCUCCCAGGGUGCACCCUCACCCAGAGACGCCCCUCACCCAGACAGUGACCUUGGCCCCUCCCUGAACUUGAAGGCCCGGAGCUGGCUGUGUGGAUCUCACUUGCUACAGGGGCCUCUAUUCCCUGCAAGGUGUAUGGCCAUCUGCAAUGAGGCACACUCCCUGAUGGGGGAGGCAAGUAAGAAACAAGCAAACACACACAUCUAUAAUUGCAAAUUGUGUCCAUCCACCCUUUGCUGGGCCAGGGCCCUCUCUCUUCAGAACCUGAGCAGUGAUGACGUUUGCUGAGGACAAGACCUAUAAAUAUAUCUGCCACAAUCACAGCAAUUUUCACCGUGUUGAUGUUCUGGAGAUUCUGCCUUACCUGUCCUGCCUUACAGCAAGUGACCAGGAUCGACUGCGGGCCUCUUAUACGCGCUUAGGGAACCGGGACACCCUCUGGGAUCUCUUCAACAUCCUACAGCGGCGGACGGGCUGGGUGGAUUCCUUCAUUGGGGCACUGAGGGCCUGUGAACUGACUGGUCUUGCUGAGGAAGUGGCCAAUGUCUACCAUAGCAACCUGCCUCGGAACCCAAACCACCCCCUGGCUCCAAUGGAGCCGCCAUCAGUUCCUGCUGAGGUUCCAGGGUCCUCUACACCUGCUGUGGCCCAUAGCAUCCCCUACAAUGGCUACAGGGAGGAGGACCCAAGUUACCCCAUGCCUGUCCAGGACACACAGCCGCCAAAGUCCCUGGGAGAGAGUUCAGAGCAAAUCUCACAGACACCCAGCUCUGGGGCCAUCCUGAAGAGGCCGGCUGGCCCCCAGGAGGCCUCAUCUGACCUAGUAGCCCUCAGCCUGCUGGCCUCCAGCAGGCAUCAGGAGCAGGACACAGAACUGGGCAGUAUCCACACAGCAGCCGUGGUCUCCAGUCUCACAUCAUCAUGCGGGCCUGUGUCUCCAACUGUCUCCUUCCAGCCUCUGGCCCGUUCCACCCCCAGGGCAAGCCGCCUGCCUGGACCUGCAGUGUCAGCUCCAUCUCCUGGCACCUCCUCCUCCUCCACUGGCUUGGCUUUUGCAGGGGGCGUUGGUGACCAGGCUGAGGCUGCCAUCCACUCCAGUGAGGCAGAGGUACCAGCCAACCCUAUGACUGCCAGCACAGUGCCCUCCAAGCUGCCCACCAACUCGAUGCCUGUGAACACAGAGCCCUCCAAAGUGCCUGCCAACCCAGCAUUUGCCAGCACAGUGCCCUCCAAGUUGCCCACCAGCCCCAAGCCUCCCAGUAUAGUGCCCUCUAAUGUGCUCACCAAUCCAGCACCAUCUAAACUGCCCAUCAACUCAACACGUGCCGGCAAGGUGCCAUCCACAGUGCCCACUAGCAUGGUGCCCACGAAGGUGCCUGCCAACACAGUGCCUGCCAGCAGGAGCAGCACCAGAGCUGAGGAUACCCUAGCAGCUCCAGCACCCACAGGUGCCACUGGAGGGAGUUUGCCCUGGCCAGACAGCAGCUCUGAGAGCCAGCAAUCUGGGUCAGAGCUGAGCAAGCCUGGUGUGCUGCUAUCUCAGCUGGCCUGCCAGCCCUUCUCUGGCUGCACCGCAGAUCUUGCCAUCAGCCGCAGCGACUCCCUGGGUGCAGUGCCCAGCCAUGGUGUGGAGCCCAGCCAUGGUGGGGAGCCCAACCAUGGCCCAGAAGAGAAUGAAUACGUGUCCGUGGGUACCUUUGGGAUCCAUGUGGCCGAGGAUCCCAGUGCUGACCUCCUGGAGGCCUGCCCCAGGCCGUGUGCCACCCCGCCGCUCAAGGAGGAGGAGGUGGUGCACUGUGUAUGGGAUGCGCCCUGGGCUCCAUGGCUCUGGGUGGCUGCAACCGGGGUGCUCAUGGCCACACUCCUGGCAAUGGUGUACCGGCGGCGCCAAUUCCAGUGAAGCCUCUCAGCCCUCCCUACCAUGCAUCUGCUCUGUUCCCCAUGGUAUAGUCAGACCCACUCUGGAGAGGAGCUUUCUGGCCGCCCUUGUCCCUUUUUUGGGGCUGGCGAAUGGUUGGGUUAGAGGGGAGCUAAGGGACUGCAGGACUGGUGAGAGGCAGUGCCAUGGCCAGACCAAGUCCUGGGGGCAGCAUUUCCACCCCAGCUCGUGCCCUCUGAAGAUUCCUUACCAUCCUCGGCUUUCUGGGCCCUGAGCUGCCCCCUGCACUCCAGACCUCACCCACUCAGCAAUCCAGGUUGUCUCCCAUGUCCUCCGGAGGAGGUGCCACUGUCUAGGCCUCAUCCCUGUUUCCCCAAGCAAGAUCAGGAAAUGCUGCUGAAGAGCGCACAGGGGUUGGCAAUGCCCUUUGUCCUGCCCAAGUCCUCAGAGGCCAGAGGGCAGAUGCGUGGGGUGGGAGACCCCACAAGACCUCGCUCCCAUCCCCAGCAGCCCAGCAUGAAGUCCAUUGCACUAGAGCAGGUGGCAGUGGCAGGGAAGCUGCUCUCCAGGGACCCAGCUGCUUUGAGUCUUCUCCUCCUCUGGUGCCCCUCCCCUGCGAGGCUACCUGGGGGAGGUGUAAAGGUUGCCAAGGACCCCAGGGAAGCCAGAGGGAGUUUCCGGGCCUAAAACCCCUGGAGCCCUUUUCCAGCUUUCUCACCCCUUCUUUCCCUCCCUCCUGGUCUCCAUUCUCUUCAGCUCCCUACACAACUUGGGGAAGGGACAUCCAGUGGGCAGAGCUCAGGCAGAGGUUUGGAGUUCAGCUUCGUCACUUCUUGGGCUGUGUGGCCAUGGCAGACAUCUCUGGUCUUGCUUCCUCACAUGAACAGUCAGUAUCUGGCUUAUCCUUCACUUGAAGGGUUCUUCUGAUAUUGAAGCAUAUAGGUGUUUGCCGAGUGCCUGGCUCAGAGGGGGUGGCCACUAAAUGCUUCUCCCACCUCUCUCCUGCCCAACCUGAUAUUAGAGCUGAGAACGAGAGAGGCAGUGCACGCAGCAGAUAAAGGCACAGCUCUGCAGUAUAGGGCAGUCUAGACUGCAUCCUGCUCUGCCUCUCAUUAGCUCUGUGAUCUUGGGCAAGGUAUUAAUCUCUGUCAGUUUUCUCACCUGUAAAAUGGGGAUGAAUAUAUAUAUUUGUAUAUAUAUCUCCUAACGUGUGGAUUAAAUGAGUUUGUCUAUGUAAA